CUUUUCUAAUACAUGGUACUUUCUGUCUCUUCAUUCUUUGCAAAAAGAAUGGAGCUUCAUUUGAGUCUUGCUAUUUCUUCAUCAUCUUCAUCUGCAUCUUCUUGUUCUUCAAGAUUCGAUCCCAACUAUAACAUCAAUUACACCCAUGAACAUUCGAACAAGAGAAAACAUGAUGAUUAUGAUGAUGAUGAUAAUGAUCAAACAAUGCCACUUCUUGUGUGGGGCAACUUUUGUUGCAAUAAAAGCCACUUGAUCAUUGAAGAACACCAAGAUCAUGAUGGUGAUGAUGAAGUUCAGUCGAAUUAUGUCUUUGUUCAUCGAAGGAAUGAAUACGAUGGUGGUGCAAUUGGGUGGCCGCCGAUGAAAUCAUGCACGGAGAACCUUUGCCAACUAACAAUGGGAAACGGAGAUGGUGUGAUUGGUUGGCCGCCGGUGAAAUUAUGUAGGAAAAAACAUUGUCAACUGAAAAUGGGAACCGAAGAUGGUGGCGGCGGUGGAAGGUCAAAGUCAACUUACUAUAAAGUCCAUAUGGAAGGUAUAGAAAUUGCAAGAAAGGUUGACCUUAACCUACAUCAAUCCUACCAAACCCUUGUACCCACCUUGGCCAACAUGUUUGGUAAAUGCUUUGAAGAUGUGAAACUGACUUACCAAGACCAAGAAGGUGACUGGUUGCUCGCUGGAGAUGUACCUUGGGGAACGUUCAUUAACACAGUUCAACGUCUAAAGUUGCAAAGAAAAUAACAACAGAUUCUUUGACUUGGCUCGCCGUUUUUGGAAUAACUCUAUGAGAAACUAAAAAAAAGUGUACAGGAAGUAUAUAUGUUUGAAAUGGACUGAAUACUCAUGGUCUAAUGCAAACAUUGCUCUCAUAUUCCCUAUAAGAUAGAUUUUUGUUGUCUUAAACUUCAGUUUAAUAUUUA